AUGUCCGUGUCCGCCCGUACCGCCGUUGUGUCCCGGGUCACCAACGAGACCAAGAUCCAAGUCUCGAUCUCCCUGGACGGCGGGGUCCUCCCACCCUACGAACCCACCACCCACUUCGCGGCACCAACAGACCCCAAGGAAGCAGAGGCAGCCAAGACCGGCAUCGUGCCCGAGCAAGGCUCCAGCCAUGCAACCCAAUUCACCCCAACACAGCAGAUCACCAUCUCCACCGGAAUUGGAUUCCUGGACCACAUGCUGCACGCCCUGGCGAAGCACUCGGGCUGGAGUUUAGCAGUGCGGGCCAAGGGUGAUCUCUACAUCGACGACCACCACACCACAGAAGAUGCUUUCCUUGCUCUCGGCACAGCCUUCACCAAGGCGCUCGGCCCCCGUCAAUCGCUCACGCGCUUCGGUCGCGGUGAUGCGCCCCUCGACGAGGCUCUCGCGUGGGCUGUGAUCGAUCUUUCCAGCCGGCCGUGGCACGUCAUUAAUCUUGGCUUCAAGCGCGAGAAGAUCGGCGAUCUGAGCACUGAGAUGAUUACACACGGUCUGCAGAGUUUCGCCCAGGCCGCUGACGUGACUUUGCACGUUGGCUGUACCUACGGAGAUAACGAUCACCACCGCGCGGAGGCUGCGUUCAAGGCCUUGGCCGUUGCUAUUCGCACGGCUUGCACGCGCCGGGUUGCUGGUGAGGUUGGCGCGGGUGACGUUGUCAGCACCAAGGGAGUACUCUAA